AUGAUGCCUGGGACGGAAACGCGGGAAGAAGUUGAUUCGAAGCGCGAAAACAACAACGUGACGGUGAGCUCCGCCCAGCCGAUCCAACUGACAGUCCAGAAAUCUCAGGAUGAUGCGUCGGGCACACGAUUCGUCGGCGUGGACGAAUCAGUAGACGAGCAGCUGAAGAAGUCCACCAUCGGUCUCGUGUCCCUCGAAGACUUCCAGAAGACAAAGGAAGGGAUCGAGGAGGAGAAGCGCAAGCAAGCUGCGAAGACCGCCCAGGAGAAGCAUAGCACCGCUGGGAAGAAGUCCAAGAAGGACAAACGGAAAGCCAAGUCCAAGCUUUCUUUCCUCGGUGACGACGAGGAAGGGGAGACGGAGGCGUCCGAGCCCGAGUCGAAGCGGCCAAAGCUGUCCAAGAAUCCGAAUGUCGACACGUCCUUCCUCCCCGAUCGUGAGCGCGAGGCGCAAGAGCGGGAGAUGCGGGAAGAGCUCCGCAAGAACUGGCUCGCAGAGCAAGAGCGCAUCAAGAAUGAGGUGAUCGAGAUCACGUACUCGUACUGGGACGGCAGCGGGCAUAGGAAGGUUGUCGAGUGCAAGAAAGGCGACGAUAUCGGCGCCUUCCUCGGCAAGUGCCGAAACCAGGUGCCAGAGUUGCGAGGGACAAGUGUCGACAACUUGAUGUACAUCAAGGUAAGCUUCUUUAACAGUAUGUCAGCUGACUGGCAGGAGGACCUCAUCAUCCCGCAUCACUACACGUUCUACGACUUCAUCAUCAACAAAGCUCGUGGCAAGUCGGGCCCGCUCUUCAACUUCGACGUCCACGACGACGUUCGUCUGAUAUCGGACGCCACGAAGGAGAAGGAUGAGAGUCACGCCGGCAAGGUGGUCGAGCCUGACCCCAGAUCUUUCCCGCUUCGCGAUGGGAGGUGUACGACCCGGAUAAAGACUACGGUUCCUACGUAA